AAUUCACAAACUUCCUGCUCUGGGCUCGGCAGCCACCCUGAACCAGGCCACCUCAACGGAGGGUUCGGAGGCCACAUUUGAGGCCCAGGCAGGGCCCAGGGGGGGCCCAGGGGGGGCCCGGAGUGGGAAGAUGGCCGAUGGAAGCAGCGACCUCAGCACCAGUGUUUCCAAAGAUUCCCACGAGCAGUGUAUAAGCGUUCCAGUUUUUCCACAAUCUUGCUAACUAUGUCUUUGAUUAUAGCCAAUCCAGGCAUCCACAGAAGACCAGAACAUUGAUGACAGACUUAUCUAUGAGACUCUAUUCAAACACUUCAAAAGACACAAGGUGGAGAUUUCAAAUGCAGUAAAAAAGCCAUUUCCUUUCUUUGAGUGCCUCCGGGACCGUGAACUCAUCACCAAUAAACUGUAUGACGAUUGUCAAGAUUCUUGUAGAAACCUGAUCCCUGUACAAAGAGUGGUGUAUAAUGUUCUCCAUGAACUGGAGAAGACAUUUGACUUGCCACUUUUGGAAGCAUUGUUCAGCGAGGUCAACAUGCAAGAAUACCCUGAUUUAAAUCGUAUUUAUAGGAGCUUCGAAUAUGCAAUCCAAGAGAAAAUUAAUUACCAAGAAAGUGAUGAAGAAGCGGUGGACAAGAGUCCUAAUAACCAACUGAGGCUUAGGCAAGGAACUGGUGAAAACUCAUAUCGAAGCCUGACCUGGUCAUGCCCACAAUCCUCAUCUUACCAUGGUGCAACCCCACCUGAAGAUAGACUCUUGGAGAACCUCUGUGAAUCAGAACAGAUAAAUGCAAACAGAACAGAUACAACCAGUGACCAAAAUGAUGCACUAGAAAUCCAACAAGCAAAUGAGGAGUGUGCCCAAGAAUCUGAGCCAGCAGAGUCCUGUGAACAAGCACCCAUCCAAGUGAGUAAUGAAGACACAAGAGAAGUCACACCCAGCCCAUUGCCCUCUGAUGGAGAAAGAGCAGAGCUACCCAACCAUGGAAUCCAAGUCAACUCCUGUUCUGUAUAUCUGGUGGAUAUAAAGAAGGAAAAGCCAUUUUUUAACUCGAGAGUUGAACAGCAAGCCCAAGCGAGGACUAACCGUAACCAGGCAUCUGACAUAAUAGUGAUCAGCAGUGACUCCGAGGAAUCCAGUGAUGAAGAUGAGCCCCCAGAAGCCUCCACAUCAGCACUGGAAAGCGGGCCUGACUCCAUGGAUUUCAGAAAAUCGCCUACAUCCAGAAAAAGAGUUUGGAAAGUAGACUUUCAAGGGACACUUGCUUCUUCUGCAGUGAAAAGAUUUGAUGACUAUUCAGAGUUCAGUGAGGAAGAGGAGCCCCCGAGAGCCUCGAACUCAGCACUGAGAAGUGAUCCUGAUGAGGAGGAUCCUGCGGAUAUUGGAGACAAAUCUAUUUGGGGGAUAAGCAAGAGGAAAAGAUACUCCCUGGAUAAGCAAAGGAACUGGAAGAAGCAGUAUGUUCAGACAAGUGGAGAGGGGAUCAGGAGUGGUUACUUUUCAGAAUUAAGUCAUACAGAAGAACCUCAGGAAUCUUCUGGCUCAGUCCUAAGAAGUGGGUCAGGAGCAGAGCCACAAGGACUUGGAAAUGAAAAGUGUUCCUGUGUCAUGUGUUUUUCAGAAGGUAUUUCAAGAGGCCAAGGAGCAAGGACUGAGAGUAGCCAAGCAUCUGACAUGAUGGAUACCAUGGAUAUUGGAAACAAUUCUACUUCAGGAAAACACAAUGGGAAAAUAAAGAGAGACACAGCGAGAGAGGGAACACAAGCAGGGGGAGUGGGAGAGGGAGAAGCAGGCUUCCCGCCGAGCAGGGAGCCCGAGGCGGGGCUCGAUCCCAGGAGGAAAAAGAGAAGAUAUAUACAUAAAAAAAGCAGUCUCCAAAAAGUGAGAAGGAAAGGCAGACAUAGAAUCCAAACUCUGAGUAACAGAGCCCUAUGGAACAGAGGCAAACCAAAAGGGAGAAAAACAGUCAUCUCCGGGUCUUUGAGAAGAGGCAGAAAAAGAGGUCCAAGAAUUCCCAGAGAUACACGUAUGAAUUUUUGCCUUCCGGAACUUCCCGUGACCUGUGGAGAGGCAAAGGGGAUUUUAUAUAAGGAGAAAAUGAAACAAGGAACCUCAGAGAAGUGUAUAAAGGGUAAGGAUGGAAGAUGGUUUACCUUCAGGGAAUUCGAAGUUGAAGGAAACUACUCACGGUCCAAGAACUGGAAGAUGAGUGUGAGAUGUGGUGGAUUCCCCCUGAAAGACCUGAUUAAGAAUAAAUACCUACCAGACCCGCCAAGAAGAAGAAGAAGAAAGCAGACAAUACCAGAGCCUAGCAGCAAUGACUUUUUUGACCCUUACCCGGGAAACUCAAAUAUAUGUGAGGUGUGCCGUGGACCUGGAAAGCUGUUCUGCUGUGAUACUUGUCCAAAGUCCUUUCAUGAGACAUGCCACAUCCACCAUAUAGAUGCUAACAGGGACCCAUGGAGUUGCAUCUUCUGCAGGAUAAAGGCUCUUCAACAAAGUUACCCACAAAGCCAACCAUGUCACCAGGCAUCUGAGGUCCUAAAGAGGCGGAUGGUGCCUGAGGAACAGUUGAAAUGUGAAUUUGUCCUCUUGAAGGUCUACUCCUAUUCAAAAAGCCUCUUUUUUGCUUCAAGACCACAUUAUGGUAGCGACGCGUCUCAUGGCCCAAAGAAACAUAUGUGGUUAAACAAAAUCAAGAAAAAGCUGAAUAUGAAACUGUACCUCCGAGUGGAGGGGUUCGUGAGGGACAUGUGCCUCAUCUUUCAGAACCACAGGACUUUCUACAAGGACAACCAGAAAUUCAUCAAGUUUGGACUUCAGGUAGAGGCCAUGUUUGAGAAUAGUUUCAGAAGCACUUUUGCAAUUCGGGAAACAAGCGAGAAUAGUUGUCAGCUGGAGCAUUCUUUCAUGAAGUAGCCCUUCCCCUCACCCCAACAGUCUUCAGCAGCUACAAGAUAAGAGUCUGUGGUUCCUCCCACUGACAAUUCUGCCUGUUGCUGUGCAAACAACUUUUUCAAUGUUUUCGUUGUUGCCAUUUUAGUUCAUUUAUUUUUCUAAAUAAAAUAUAAAAUUAUCUUGUCAA